AAAUUAGAUUCAUUAUCGUCAAUCUGCCUCACCCGCGUGUAACCCAGUUAGGCGCGGUAACAGGAGGCCUAGCAUUUUAGUAGAGAGAGAGAGAGAGAAGGGCGGAUAGGCCUUCAUCGAAGGCAUGGCGAGUUUUCUUCCUCUUAAUCGCCUCCUUAUCUUCCAGUACAGGAAAGGGAAAUCCCUUCUCUCUCCUCUUCUCACUCUCCCUACUCUCUCUCUCUAUUUCUAUUCCUCCUACCUUCCCUCUUCCCCACAUCACAAAUUUCAACUCCACCUCAAAUCCAACCACCACACCAUUUCCUCCCCCACUCAUGUGAAUGAUGACCAGCUUGGAAAAGAGAGAAGAUUUGUUCUACCAAAGGAUGAGAGGAUAAAUACUUCUCCCCCAGUUACAGUAAGAAGGGUAGAAGAGCAGGGUUUCGACACCAUUGCGGCCAUUGUAACUUCAUUGGGUGGUGAACCGAGCGCUGUAGGCAUUGUUCGCCUCUCUGGUUCUUCAGCUGUUGCCAUUGCUGGCCGUGUGUUCACGCCAGCGAGGAAGAAGAAGAAUAGGUCUAAGGGUCCAUUUGUUUGGGAACCCAAAAGUCAUUUUGUGGAAUAUGGGGUGGUUUUGGACAGGGAGGGAAACAUUGUUGAUGAGGUUUUAGCUGUACCGAUGUUGGCACCUAGAUCUUAUACGAGAGAAGAUGUCGUGGAGCUCCAGUGCCAUGGUAGCAAUUUAUGCAUACAGAGAAUACUGAAAACCUGUUUAGAGGCGGGUGCAAGGCUUGCAGAACCUGGCGAGUUCACUCUACGGGCCUUUUUGAAUGGACGGCUGGACCUCGCUCAAGCAGAAAAUAUAGCGAAACUAAUAUCGGCUAAAUCUGUAGCUGCAGCUGAUAGUGCUUUGGCUGGAAUUCAGGGAGGCUUCUCUGCUUUAGUAAAAUCUCUUAGAGCACAGUGCAUCGAGCUGCUUGCAGAAAUUGAAGCCCGACUUGACUUUGAUGAUGAACUGCCACCAUUGGACACCAAACAUUUGAUGGACAAAAUCAAUCAGAUUUGCCAAAAUGUAAAUCAGGCGCUGGAAACUGCAAAUCGCCAUGUUCUAUUAGAAUCUGGAUUACAGAUAGCAAUUGUUGGGCGGCCAAACGUAGGGAAAUCAAGCCUUCUCAAUGCAUGGGGCAAAAGUGAGAGGGCAAUUGUGACAGAAAUAGCUGGAACCACAAGGGAUGUGGUUGAAGCUGGUAUAACUGUUCAUGGCAUUCCUGUCACUCUUUUGGACACAGCAGGCAUUCGAGAGACCGAUGAUGUUGUUGAGAAAAUUGGGGUACAGAGAUCUGAGGCAGCUGCAAAAGGUGCUGAUUUGAUUAUAAUGACUGUGAGUGCAAUUGAUGGGUGGACUUCUGAAGAUGACAAAAUCCUUGAGCGCCUCCAAAUUAAUCAGAGAUCUCCUGGUUCUUUUCCACCUGCAAUCCUUGUGAUCAACAAAAUUGACCGUGCUCCAUUGGCUUUUGUCGAAUUACCAAAGGUUGUGAGCAAUGCUUUCAGUAAGCUAGUCUCCACAUGCGCCUUAACAGGGCAAGGUAUCUCUGAUUUGGAAUCUGCUGUACUUGAAAUAGUAGGCCUUGAUAGGAUUCCAUCUGGGGGGCGGAGAUGGGCUGUAAAUCAGAGGCAAUCGGAGCAGCUUGUACGCACGAGGGAAGCACUUUCCAGGCUGCAGUCAUCAAUCAAUGAGGAUUUGCCAUUGGAUUUUUGGAGCAUCGACCUGAGGGAGGCUGCCAUGGCGCUUGGCCAAAUUAGUGGGGCUGACAUCUCAGAAGAAGUCUUAUCCAAUAUCUUUGGCAAGUUUUGUAUUGGAAAGUAAUGAAACGGCUUUCGCUUAGUAUUUUGAGUUAAUAUAUAUAUUUAUUAUUUACGAUGCGGCUAUUCUCCUCCA